AUGCCCAGGAAAGUUAGCCCGAGCGAUGUUAACAAUACAGCGUGUAUGUUUAACCUCACACCACCUUGUACCCGUUCACGGCUUACCCAAACGCAGCUGUUUAUCUAUCCUGUGAAAUCUCUACCGCCAGUCGAGGUAUCGUCGGUCGAAUUGACCAAUGAGGGACUUCGUUUUGACCGGUGUUUCGUCUUGGUCAAUCCACCCACAGAUGGUUCUCGCCUGGCCAAAUUCCUUACCAUCAAGAGGGUCUUCAAACUCUGCCUAUUCAAAACCGCCAUAGACGAUUCAUGGACAAAGUUGACUAUUACUCAUAUCCAUGCUAACCCGCUUUCAUCAAUCACCGUGCCACUGACCCCGUCGCCACUCUCGCUUUUGACUAAUGCGACUUACGAAGUCAGCAUUUUUGGGACCACCGCAGUAGGUAUCGACUUGGGGGAAGAGACAAGUGCAUUCUUCUCCAAGCACCUCAAUCAAGAUGUUCGCCUUUUGACUAUCGGUGGAACAGGCCGUCGUGAUAUCCCUGGAGCUGCUUACGUUCCUACGCAGCGUGAGGCCCUUUCUCUAGCAAUCCGCGACGGCCUGCAGCCACAGCGUAUUCGCUUUGCCGACGCUGCCCCUCUAUCAAUCACAUCUACUGCUUCCGAGAAUGAUGUUCGAGCACGUCUUCCGAACGAGUAUCAAGACGAGGACGUGAUCCGUCGUCUUAGGCCAAACAUUCAUGUUGAUGUCAAUGGAGAACUACCACCGUAUGAUGAAGACAACUGGUCGUCGUUACUGGUCAAAACACGUCUCGAUGAAGCACAAGAAGUCACUAUCAAAUGCAUCUUCCGGACUGUCCGGUGCCUCAGCCUAAACGCUGAUCCAGAAACUGGAGAAAUGAUUCAUCGUGAUCGGCAGCUGUAUGGGCUCCUAGCCAAGGACAGAAGAGUAAACGACAAAUUCCCUCGUAAGUGA